AUGAGUGAAGAAGCCAUACCCGCUGAGAAGGUUUCAAAGGAAGAGAAGCUCCCUUCCCUAGCCAGCGCUGAGAAGGCUUUGAAGCCAGAACUUCCUAAGGAAGAGCCUGAGACUUCAAACACACCUGCUGUCGAAGGUGAUGGCAGCCAUCCCAAUGCACAGCGGUUCUUGGGAGGGCGCCGAACCCUGGACAAGUCACGGCUUCACCUCCCUCGGUGGUUCGGGCUGUUCGUACUGGUUUCAACGACCCUAAUCUGCAUGAUCGCCUUUCUGUCGGUUGCCAGUUGGGCCGUAGUAUCUCCGCGGCAGAAGCCUGAGCUGAUUUGCCUGGUGGAAGCAGAGUACAUGGCUCCAGCCAUUCCAUUGGUUCGCUACGGGCUUCAAGACGGGCAGCUGAUUCGUUCGUUGAGCCGGUCUUCACUGAAGCUUGUCGAGGGUAUCUCACGGACUACCGCCGACGACACUGGCCCCAUCAACAAGCAGUUCUUCGAGCACCAGCUUGAUCAACUACAAGGCGAUACCUGUGUGAUCUACAUUGCGGCACAAGGCGUCUCAGACGAGGCGGAUGGUUAUCUGCUGCAUCGAGCCUCGCAUCAAAGUCAGUUCGGUUCGGGCUUCUCGCUGACAGACCUGCUGGCCGCGAUUGAAACACACGGAGUGAAGAAUGUUUUAUUGCUACUCGAUACGGUGCGGGUAGAUCGAAGCGUGCAACUGGGCAUGCUCGGCAACGAUUUCAGCUACUAUCUCAAGCGUGAUUUCGAAGUUCUGCGGCAGCGAGCAGAGAAAGAACAGGAUCUUCCGAACCUGUGCAUUAUUUGCUCGGCAGACGACGGUCAAAUCUCCGCCCCACCGCCGGGCCUGGCGACUUCGCCUUUCGCACUAACGACUGCCUAUGCCUUGCAGGGCGGACCAGGGUCUAAAGUCACCAAGGGUGCUGACCAGAACCUCGAUGGGAGAAUCUCGGCACUGGAAAUCGCGGAGUACGUGGAGCGAGCGAUUUCCGACUGGUCGUUGGAACACCAGCAGACUCCACAGACACCCUUUCAUCUUCAUCUGGGAGAAGACUUCCCCUUGGUAUUCGUCGACCACAUGGUGACAUUGGAUUCGGUGCUGGCUCACGCGUUUCCGCCUGAAGACAAACAAAAGAAGGGUACUUCCCCUGCUGGGGCAAAGCAUCCUUCGCAAGAGAAUGAGCCGUCCGAGAAAAAGACGGUUGGAACAGAGACCAAUUCUGCCAGUGCAACUGACACUUCAGCUUCGCCACCAAAAGUUGCGGCAACGGAUCCAGCGGAGAGCGGAGAUAGCCCACAGACGCCCGAAGCCGGAGAAAGCAAAGGUGCUCCGCCCGAAGCCGAGACCAGUCUAGUCGCUGCAGAGCCGAGCCUGCCAGAAACCGAGAUGCUGAUCGAACGCAUCUACGAAGCCUGGCAAAAGAAGGUUGAGCUGGAACAGUCAGGCGUUGCUCAGAACAGUCCUCUGCAAUGGAGUCGGUUGAAGCUUGCACUGCUGCGGGCUGAGUCGGCCCUGCUGGCGAACAUGCCGCUUAAGGCUCAGACCAUGCUUGAUGUCACCAUCCCAAAGAUGUUUCAAGCUCUGGAAGCGUCAUCGCACCCUUUCUUGAAUGCAGAUUGGUCGCUAGCAUUCGCCGGCGAAGCGGACCCAUCGAGUAAAGUUGCUGCACAACGCGGUGAGAUUGAGAAGGCCAUCACCCAACCAGACGCUGCAGCGGUGAACGAACUUCGGAACAGUAGCCUUAUCGAAGCAAGCCUAGUCUACACCCUAUCAGAGCGGUUGUUACUACACGGAACUUGGCGCGAUCCGGCACUGGUUGAGUUGGCAGUUCAGGCUCGUUCCCUGGGUGUUCCAGUCGCACUCUACCAGCAUCCCUAUCUACUACGGUUCGUCAAAGACCAGCUUGAAGCGGCCGACAUCGUUCGUCGUCGGGCCGAAGUCGAUUUGAUCACCGGUCGACUCGAUCAGGCUGAGCAGGGUCUCCGCAGGGCCGAAACCCAGUAUCGUGAAGUAGCGAAAGACCUGGAGGGCUACCUCGACCAGGUACUCAAGGUGAAACAUUCGGCCAUAGAUGUUCCCGCCAUGAUCUCUUGGCUGGGAAUGCAUCCGGGUUGGGGCGUGAGGAAGAAACACGACCUGAUUCUGAUGAAUGAGUUCAUGAAGCGUCUGGCCGAAUUCUGCAACAGUCCAUCGCCAAUGGCGCUGGCAACCGCUACUCACGCUGCUCAAGACAUACGAGAACGGGGGAUCUACUGUGCUGAAGAUGCACUGCAGCCAGUGGAUUGGAUCAACACAAGGGCAGUGCUGAAGCUCACUUUUCUCGAGCCGGAAGUGCGUCGCCAGCUGCUUCUCGACCAGUAUCCGGCGAGAGACUUUGAAGAGUUCAACAUCGGAUUCAGGCAAGACGGAAACACGGUUCGAAAUCGACCUGCAAAUCCCUUGCUGUUGGACGAGAUGUUCACCAUUAUCUCCGGGGGUCGCAUUAAAUCGGUUCUUCUCGAUCGUCUGAAACAACUUAGUCCGGUUCGCAGUGAGGGCUAUGAAACAUUCACAGACCUCCAAGAGCAUGAGUCGAUUAGGCAGGACCGCGCCUACGCCUCGGGUGAGGUUCGGUGCGUGGUCGAGGAAUUGUGUUCCCAGUCCAUCAAUGAGUUCGCAGUCGAUGGCUGGUGGAAGCAGUGGGCAAGCCUGCUGCUGCUCAGUGAAUCUCGAGCCGAUCGCUAUCUCCAAGAUGAACCUCGUGACUUGGCGAUGGAGGAACUCAUCCAAGUCGCGGAACUCGAUCUCUUGAAAUGGAACGUGAAUCGCUUAUACGAGGACAGCUUGGAACUGCCCGGCUACUGCUACGGCAACACGAUUCAACGCAUUUCCGAGUUCAUAAAGCAUUACGACAGGCAGUACACUGCCCCGGUUGAAUCACGAUACUUUGCAUUGGCCAGUGACGUCACGCUGAGUAUUCCUGCCGGUGAGCAAGUGAUCGUUCCGCUGAGAAUAACCGCAUUGCAGGAUCCUCCUCAGGAUUCGAAGCCAUUGUUAGUCCUGCAAAAUGGUGGGCUGGGAACGCCGCUGCGGUUUGCAGUUGACGGACAGGAGGAUGUAGCAGGACGAGUGACCCUGCCGCUUGAUGCGAAUCUCGUCGCGGGCCAAGUUCAGCGUGUGUGGUUGAAGGUGGCGGCUCCAGAGAACACAGAAUCCCAACCCCCUCCAUCCAUUGCCGCGAUGGUUGAACUCGCUGCCGGGCAGGUAGAUUGGCUGCCCUUGCACAUCCAUAUUCCCACGCCGCAGCCAAAGCCGGCGGAACUUUCGAUCGAAUGGGACGAUCAGGCGGAACGGAAUGGAAGAAUUGAUUUGUACCCGAAUCAGUCGCUUCCCAUCGAUGUGGGAAUCGUGAAGCAUGCCCCCGAGGCACUCAAUCUUCGGAUCGAGCUUCUCGGUUCAGGAGCCCCGCAGUCGAUUGACAUUACCACGAAGGCCGACGAGACCGGCCGAGUAGUGGUACCGCCAAUCACCGACAUGGCUAUACCGCUGGAGGAAACGCUGGUGGUACGUCUGUACAACGGUGCCACACUGCUGGACGAAAGAGAGAUUGAAUUGGCGGUCCUCGAUCUCUUGCGAUGUUUCGAGCGGCAGAUCUACUUCGAUCCACAAGCCGAGAAAGUGAACGUUACCGUUUCACGCAUCCGCAAUAGCGACGUGGUAACCCCUGUACCGGUGCAGAUUCAGCUUUCUCCGACCCCGGCAAUUCAGGGAACACUCACCGGGCAAAUGCUGAGCGAGCAGCAAGAGAUCACUCUCGACGCGAUCGUGCCGCCGGAGAUAGACGAGAAUUUGCAGGUGCAACUAGGAGUGGCGGGAGUAUCGCGAGUCUUUCGCGAUCGGUUUGGGCUAGAGCACCUCGCUGGGGAACCCGACAACCAACUCGAACUACGACUCGCGGAACCCCAACCCGAGUCGAAGUACUUGUUUGCCGUGGCUGGGAGUCAUAUUCCCGUGAAAGCCUGCGUCGACGGUCCAGAGGAAAUUGGCUUUCAUAUCGGCUUCGAUUGGAAUCAUAACGGGCAGCUCGACGGCUCCGAGAUCCAACAAGGUGGCAUGUACUGGAGCGGAAAGUCGUCGGAAUUGAAUCUUGUAGCCACUGUGAAGCCGCCGGGUUAUCAAAUCGAAUCUCACGUGUCUGAUAUCACACUCAACCUGAACACUUCGGGCGUCAUCGGACAUCAAACGAUUUUGGCACGUGCAAUGGCCAACUCGCAAUCGAAGACGGUCGCCGUUCCCGUGUACGUACUCAAGACCGCCCCCGAGAUUGAAAUUUUGCAGCCAACUCAAGGCGAAGUCUUGGGCCUCGCCGAGUCAAUUCGAGUGGUGGUUCAAUCCGAUUGGUCGAUGACCGAAGCGGUAGAUACGAUCGAAUUCGCCUUCGACAAGAAUGGGAACGGCCAGAUUGAUAAAGGCGAGUCGGUGGCCCCGGUGGGAUACAAGCCUGCCCAAUCAGUUCAGUACGGUAAGUCGCAUCGUCUGGAGGUCCACCUUCCUACAAAGGGGAUCGAAGUCGGUCCGAUGACCCUGCUAGCUCGCACGAUUUCUGAAAUCACAGAGCCUGCUCCAACGGCUCCGCCCUCCCCUUCUCCCGCAACCACCAGUGCUCCAGCCGCGAAAGAUUCUGGGGCUGGGAAAACGGUGCUAUUGACGGGAGAUUUGGCCUCCCGGGGCAUGGUGUUCACCACGACUGGCAAGAUCGAAGGUCAAGUCGUCACUGCUGAUGGUGUUCCGAGGAAGGGGGCUGUGGUGAAGCUUGAAGGUGCCGGUGAGGCAACUAGUGACGCAAUGGGAAACUUUGCGUUCAACGACGUCUCUGCGGGUAGUCACAAGCUCACGGCUCAGACGAACCAGCGAAGUGGCACCGCCACCGCCGAGGUCGAGCCGGGCCAAACUGUGGGGUCCUAUUCAAUGUCGGAAAGUGUCCAGCAGAAGCUCUCACGCGUUCGCAAGCCACGCGUGCACAUCACUUACGAAGUGGAAACCGAAGGCGCUUCCGUCGUUAAGGAAUUGCCCUUUGUCGUAGGCGUGGUUGCCGAUCUCUCCGGUCAGCCCACCACACCUCUAAAACCGCUCCGCGAGCGGAAGUUCGUCCAAAUCGACCGUGACAACUUCAACGACGUUAUGGCCAAGAUGACGCCUGGAGUCGAAGUUCGCGUCAAGAAUGUGAUGAGCGAAGAAGACUCCGAGAUGGGUGUCCAAUUGAAGUUCAACUCGAUGGACGACUUUGAGCCCGGCGCGAUUGUCGAACAAGUUGAAUCGCUGAAGUCGCUCUUAGCUACCCGAAAUCGCCUUCGCGACCUGUUGACGCGAGUCGAUCGCUCCGAAGAUUUGGAGCACAUUUUAGAGCAAACACUUCAAGAUGCAGACCGUAUGACCGAACUUGCUUCAGCCCUUAGCUCCGGCGGUAACGGUGACAACAUGGCUGUCGAAGACAUGCCUCUGUUAGAUCGGGCCGUUAUCGCGACUCGGCAAACCGAGCGUCCCUACGCCGAAGAGAUGUUGCGCACGUUCACCGAACAGGCCAACGAAGGCAACUGCGAAUGGAACAAAUGCGUCACGCAAACGAUCAAAGAUACGAUCGACAAACUCGACGCCGUUCUGUCCGAGCAGUUGGCCGCCAUCAUGCACGCUCCGGAGUUCCAGCAGAUCGAAGGAACCUGGCGUGGACUGAACUACCUGGUCAUGAACACGGAAACCAGCGCGACCUUGAAGAUCAAGGUGCUCAAUGUUUCCAAGAAUGACCUUUACAAAGACCUCAACAAGGCCAUCGAGUUCGAUCAAAGCCAACUGUUCAAGAAGCUUUACGAGAACGAAUUUGGUUCGCCUGGUGGUGAGCCUUUCGGUCUGCUGAUUGGCGACUACGAGUUUUCCACUCACCCGGAUGAUAUCGGGUUCCUGGAAAAGGUCUCCAACGUAGCGGCCGCGGCCUUCUGUCCCUUCAUCAGUGCGGCAUCUUCCAAGAUGUUCGGCUUCCACGAAUGGACCGAGUUGGCCAAGCCUCGCGACCUCGAGAAGAUUUUCGAGUCGGUCGAAUUUGUUCAAUGGCGUUCGUUUCGCGAUAGCGAAGAUUCUCGAUUCGUGGCCCUUACGCUACCUCGAGUGCUGUCGCGUCUGCCUUACGGAUCGAACACCAAGCCGAUCGAAGAGUUCAAGUUUGAAGAAGUCAAACUGAACAAGGAAGCCAAGUACGCUCUGCCGGUUGAUCACUCGCACUAUGCGUGGAUGAAUGCGGCCUGGGUGCUCGGCGUCCGCAUGACCGACACUUUUGCCAAGUACGGCUGGUGCACCCGGAUUCGCGGAGCGGAGAGCGGCGGUAAAGUCGAAGGACUUCCUGCCCACAUCUUCCUCAGCGACGAUGGCGACCUGGACAUGAAGUGCCCGACCGAAAUCGGGAUCACUGACCGUCGCGAAGCCGAACUAAGCAAGUUGGGUUUCCUCCCGCUGUCGCACUACAAGAACACCGACUACGCGGUCUUCUUUGGUGGACAAACGGCACAGCGAGCCCUGAAGUACGAUCGUCCGGCGGCCACGUCGAACGCCGCGAUUUCAGCUCGGUUGCCCUAUAUCAUGGCCACCUCGCGAAUCGCCCACUACUUGAAGGUCAUCGCCCGAGACAAAAUUGGUUCGUUCAUGGAACGGGCCGAUUGCGAAACCUGGAUGAAGCGAUGGAUCAGCAACUACGUGAGUGCCGAUCCAAACGCCAGCGAUGAUGCCAAGGCCCGCUUCCCAUUGGCCGAAGCUCAGAUCGAGGUGAAGGAAGUUCCUGGAGCCCCCGGCUCCUAUCAGGCCAUCGCCUGGUUGCGACCUUUCUUGCAACUCGAAGAAUUGACCACCUCGUUGCGUCUGGUCGCCUCGAUUCCGACGCUGAGUGAAUAA